AUGUCACGACCGUUCAUUUUCGUCGUUCUACUUUCGGCCCAACUGUGUUUUCACGUCGUCCUCUGUCAGGAUGAGUAAGUUUGACGAACUACUUUUGACGCUUUUGCGCUUUUUGAAACUUUUCUUCUUUCCUCUCGCAACAGGACAAACUUAAAAAAAAAACGAAUUUCGCCAAGUUCCAAAUGGAGCUCUUCAGAAAGUUUUCGAUUCUCAAUUGAGUUUGUCCUCAGAAAGAGAACAUCUCUUCCGGAGGGAAUCCAUUACCAGUUGCGAUCGUCAUCAAAUCCAAUUUUUGCGCGAGAAAUGUCAAUUUCAUGUUCGUUUCGUCACACCUCUUCUUCCGAAUUUCGGGGUGGCGGUCGCAAUUGGAUUUGGACCCCCAGAAGGCUGUUUCUGCUGCGGUUCAGUGCAAACGUGCACUCUCCAUCUCUCUUUUGCAGGGAGUCGCACAUCAACACGGCACUCCUCUCAUCAGUUCUCGACCGACUAACCAAUAGGACCACGUAUGACAAGCGGUUACGACCGAGGUAACUGGAAGAGGGAGCGAAGGGAACUGGAACAAAGAACGCGGUUGCAGGUACGGAGAGAAGCCCGUCGACGUAGGCAUUACGAUACACGUGUCUUCCAUUUCUGCAGUAUCCGAAGUGGAUAUGGUAGGCAAAUCUGUCCCGCGUUAGACUCUCAUUCUUGCUGGUUUCAGGACUUCACGUUAGAUUUCUAUAUGCGGCAGACGUGGCAAGAUCCCCGUCUCGCAUUCGGAACUCUCGAUUUGGGUCUCUCGAAAGAGAUUGACUCGCUGACAGUAGGCGUCGAUUAUCUGGAGAAGCUGUGGAAGCCGGACACGUUCUUUCCGAACGAGAAGAAAUCGUUUUUCCAUUUGGCAACCACUCACAACUCUUUCCUGCGAAUUGACAGCGACGGAACGGUCUACACAAGUCAGAGGUGAAAAACAGGGAACUUGAGAGGAAGAGAGAUAGACAGAGAGCAGUAAGCUAUGUGCUCAAUCAGAUAGCGUCCUAAUACCACCCAUCGAAGGAGCGGUACGGCAGUAAAAACGAAAAGGGCCACUGGGAUUAGAUGAUGUUUCAUUUUUACUCGGUUUUACGAGAAGAGUAGUGCCCAAAAGGGCUUAGAAGGGAGAAAAAGUGGGUGAUGAACCCGUGGACGACGUCUGGAAUACGAAUCUGAAAUACCAUUGUUCAGAUUGACGGUCACCGCAACAUGUCCGAUGGAUCUGAAGCUGUUUCCGAUGGACUCGCAGCACUGCAAACUGGAAAUCGAGAGCUGUAAGUGACGGUGUUCCGACACCAAUCCCGAGUGUGUUUUCAACCUAGUCGUGGGGUAGGCGUGCCGUUUGUAGCCAGAGAAUCCAGGGUCGAUUGCACAUUCUUUCAAUAUCUUUUCUUCUCAAUCUGAAUCUCCGAUUGUCAAAUAAAGAGGUCUCGUUCUGUCCAUCCAUCCAUCCAUCUCUUCCCUUUCUAUUGUCUCUUCCUCUCAUCGUUGCUUGACCCCUUCGAUUGUAAUUUCAUUCUGAAACCCAAAAAUGUUCGAGAAAACGAAUACGUCCGCGAAAACUCAGGUUGGUUCAUUUUCGGUCUUGCACGAUUACGUUCUGAUUAUUCAUUUCAUUCCGUUGCUUGCACUUUUCCGUUCAUGCCAAACUAACCAAAGUUCGUGUACUAAUUGUACGAGGGAAAUGCAACUGCGCUCCAAUUAACUUGAAAUGUUGGCGCUACAACGGAAUAGAACUCGCACGGAAUAGAACUGUUACGAUUUGGAACUCGCAACGUUAAAAUACAUCGGCGAGUCCCAAAUCGUAACAGUUCUUUUCCGUGCGAAUUCUAUUCUGUCGUAGCGCCGAAAUGUUUGCAUCUCAACUGGACGCAGCUCCUAACCGUUCGCAGCCAACCGUUCGCGUAACCCUUAUCGUAACCCUAUCGUUACUCUGUUCAUGACAUAUUCUCCUAACCCAAUGCCUGCCACGUGUCACUCACAACUAACAGCGUCUGAAAGGGCGCAGCAAUGAGAGCUUGCGAUACUUGAACCGACUCUUUUGUGGUGGGUGACGUGUUGCUUUGCGUGGUUUCAGACGGCUACAGUAUCCUCGACAUUGUGUACGUGUCGCAUGAAAAGAAGUCCGUGUCGACUGAAUCGUACGAGCUGCCGCAGUUCGUGCUACAGUCCAUCAAAGUGAUCAACCAAACGCAGAAGCUGAGUUCAGGUGAGAAAGAAGAAGAAGUGGGAGGAGAAGAAGAAGAACGGGUUGCAGGAGAGUACUCCCGUCUCUGCUGGUUCUUCCUUUUCAAACGGAACAUCGGCUUCUACAUCAUCCAGAUUUACCUGCCCUCCGUUCUGAUCGUCGUCAUUUCGUGGGUGUCCUUUUGGCUGAGUCGGGAUGCGACGCCGGCUCGAGUUGCGCUCGGAGUGACCACUGUGCUCACAAUGACCACCCUAAUGACCAUGACGAAUGUACUGCCUGCACCUCCCAAUUCACGAGAAACCAUUCCUUUUUCAGAGCUCAAUGCCAAAAGUGUCCUACGUGAAGAGUAUCGACAUCUUUCUGGGUGAGUCUGAUCUCCGAUCCCUCGUCAUUAUCACUUCGCACCUCGUUUGCGUGGGUCUCAUCAUAGUCCAAUCUGAUAUGCCCCCAGCGACAAAUUGUUGCAAUCCAUCGUAGAUCCAUCUCUCCCGCCCGCUCCCGUUUUUCCGGCCGUUUCAUCACCCGCCAAUGAGCGUGGGGGCCCUUACACACUUGUUUCACAUCCUCUGCGUCUUCCAGUCACUCCCGGACGGGCUCGAGAAAAAGAGAAAGAGCCUGUUAGCCGGAGGCGCAGACACUUGUCAUCAAUCUAUUGACUGGCAAAUUGCCGGCAAAUAUUACGUCAAAUUGGAAGACGACGGGGAGGGAUGAGCGGCGAGAAAACGCAGAUUUUCGGCGCUGUCGAUGACAUGUGCUGGGAUUUGUUGCCAACUAAAAACGCACAUGUCACCACAGCGCCGACAUAAAACUUAAUGACUAAAGUGGUGAAGGGACCGACUAACGAGAAACAGUAGUGGGACGGUAGACGGAGAAGCGAAGGAAACUUUGAUGAACUGAGGGCUUUUCAGGUGUCUGUUUCAUGAUGGUUUUCUGUUCUCUUUUGGAGUAUGCUGCCGUCGGGUACAUUAGCAAACGAAUGAAGUUGGUGAGAGCGAGGAAGGAGUCCAGGUAUCUCUCUUCGCGUAUUCUUAACUCUUUGGGUCUCUUUUCAGAAUGCUCACUCCACUGCCCCAACUGGAACCUCCUCCCAAACGGACACUUUCCGUGCCUUCCUACUUCAACAAUACCACCUAUCGUCCGUUCUACUCUUCCACAGACCGAACCUCCAACCUCUACAUCCCUGAAGCACAACGCACUAUGAUAUUUGCAGUACGCACCGCACUAACUGCUCCACUAACCGCAUGCUUUCAGAAUGAAGAUGCAGUGCCCAACGAGCUGACCCCGAUGCUCGGACGGAGCAAUUCGCAAGCUUCUGUCUAUUUGUAUCAAAGUACGAAUGCUUCGAAUAUUCCGAGAAUAUCUCCCAUUCUAUUUCAGCCGCCGUCAUUCCUGAGGACGACUUUGGGCGGUUCUGGAGAUGGCUGCGGCCGUCGAACAUCGACAAGUACUCGCGUUCCUUGUUCCCUUCCGUAACCAGAGCACUGUGUUCCAUUCGUACCGUCCGUCUCUUUUCAGAUUUUCGUUCUUUUCAAUGUUGGCUACUGGGCCUACUUCAUUCGUCUGAGCCAGCUCGAAGAGCAGCAGCGGAAUAGCCAAAUCCUCUGACUCACGUUCACUUUUCCCUUGUUCCAGUUCCAAAAGUUCUCGUUUCAUUGUAUCACACCACCACUUUUAUCUUUGCAUAUCUGAAUCUCUCUAUGGCGGCCUAACCCACUUAGACUCAUCAUUCUGUAGAGGAAACGAGGAGUUCUGAGAAAGAACCGAUUUGCAGACGGGUACCAGACAAAAGAUAUCGACUACUAUUGGGGCAAGAAGCGCACCGACCAGGAGACCACCGCUGUCAAGUUCGACACUUUCCAGUUGCCGCAGUUCCAGCCCACGCUUUACUUUGUGAACACAACCAAAGCGGAAACGUCUUCAGGUGACUCCAGCGUCUUCCAAAUACAGAUGAACUCUGGAGUUUCAGGAAAGUACGUUCGUCUGGCACUCGAAGUCAUCCUAGUCCGCAACAUGGGAUUCUACACCAUGAACAUCGUCAUCCCCUCCAUUCUGAUCGUCACUAUUUCCUGGGUCUCCUUCUGGCUCAAUCGAGAAGCUUCUCCAGCGCGUGUCGGUCUUGGAGUCACCACUGUGCUCACAAUGACAACUCUCAUCACAACGACCAACAACUCGAUGCCGAAAGUGUCUUAUGUGAAAGGAUUGGAUGUGUUCCUCAACUUCUGGUGAUCUCUUUCUUCCUUCCUUCUCCCUUUUCAAUCAUCUCUCUCUUUCAGUUUUGUCAUGGUGUUCGCAUCGCUUCUGGAGUACGCCAUCGUGAGUUACAUGAACAAACGGCUCGUGCUCCGUCGCGAAAAACGAAGGAAAGCCGCUGAGCAACAGCAACGGAACGAGAUGCCGAUGUUCAAUGCGAGCCCGAAAACGGCGAAUAACAACGUGAGUCUUCUGCCGAGCGUGUCCCUCUUCGUUCACAGAAUCCAUUCGCCAUUUUAUAGUCAUACGAAAUGACACUAAUGUCUCAAAACUCGACACCGGCCAAGAGCUACGUGCAGGUACUAGCGAGCUUGUCCCGCAGGCGCACCCCACCCGUGCCUUGUAAAUGUCGUGUCGUGCUGAGAGCACUGGCUGAAAGCCCGCGAGCGUGAGAGAGUGCUCCGCUUUCCAGCACAGAGUGUGUAGUCCCACAGUAGACGGCUAGAAGAAUUCUGUAAUGAAAGGGAUGUUCCGUCUCAAUUUGCCUCAUUUUUCAGGCUGAUCUCUACUUUGCCGGACACAAUUCUUCAAUGGUGAGUUGGAAGAGAAAUGCACUGGCGCGGAAAAGAAAAGCGCAUCUGAUUCCAGAAUCCGCUAAUGGAAAUUCCGGAGAAUUGCGACUGUCGGACGAUCCCGAUGAUGCAGCAUCCGAGACUGGUCACCGAUGGAGCGCACACUCUUUGGCCAGCUCCGUUUGCUCGACCUAAAAAAGUCAGUGACGAGAAAGUAUAUCUGAACUGAGUUUGUUGACAGGCAUCGAAGACUUGCUGCCAACGGUGGACGCCGGCCAAAAUAGACAAGCUGAGCCGGUACUGCUUCCCGCUCUCCUUCUCCGUCUUCAACAGUCCGUUGCUAUCCAUUCCCUCUUUCCAUUCAUUCCAUUUUCAGUAAUCUACUGGUUGUACAUGAAAUAUCUGAGUCUGAAUUCGUCGGACAAGAUCCAGGAGAACGACAAGUGGCAGCACAUCCACUGGUGAUAACUCUCCUCCAGUCAUUCCUCCACAUUUCACUUUCUCACUCUUUCUCGCCUUUCUCGUUGUUCCUCCCCAGUGCAAUCGGCUUCUCGGUGCCCGGUUCUCGGUGCAUGUUUGCAGUGCUCUCAACAACCGUUCCAGAUGCUCUCCUCCGACGUCUUCUUCUUCCACAUCAUCCAGUGCCUUGUGAUCCUCUUCCGCAUGCGUUCAUCUUUUUCCCCUCCCCCUCAUCAUCAUCAACAACACAAUCGUCCCCCUCGUUUAUUCCUUUUCUGUACAUAACUCUUUCCCUCUUCUGUAAAAUAGUCCGGUGUGUGCCCUAGUUGCGUCUCAGAGGAUGUCUUUCUUUUCCUUUCGCUCACGAAAUUAGCCAGUCAGCUGUGUCCGUUCGUAGUGGAAAGAUGCUUCUCGUAGUCCUCAAGAAGUUCCGACCAAUCAACCCGAGCACGUUCAGAUGCGUACUCGACGGCCGAAAUCGAGUACAACUGGUGUACUUCGAAGGAGCCGAACUGUGCGACCGCAGUCAAAGCCGACGAGAACAUCGAACUGUCGAGCUACCAGUUUACCAAAAUUUGUCAGAAACGGACACUUGCCAGCACUUCAUCGGGUGAGUCAAUCGGCGCAGGAAGGUGAUCAUUCUGUGGCCCGUUGCUCUCGUAACGAGGCAACAGGUCAUAAAGGCUGGCGCCGAAUGAUUACCCGUUUCCCGUUAGUCCUUCUGAAUGGCCUAUAAAAAGAGUUCGGAAAAAUAAUCUUUUGGUUUCAGGGACCUACUCUCGUCUACGGGUCAGUUUCAUAUUUGACCGCGACAGUGGCUUCUACUUCCUCCAGAUAUUCUUUCCCGCCAGUCUUGUCGUUGUUCUUUCAUGGGUACGUUCGUCUGCGUCGUCAUUCAUUACAAAUCGCCCUCUUCUAGAUCUCAUUCUGGAUUAAUCGUGACUCAGCGCCCUCUCGAACUCUCAUCGGCACAAUGACGGUGCUCACUGAGACGCAUCUGAUGACCGGCACAAAUCGUCGUCUGCCGCCGGUCGCCUACGUCAAAGCAGUUGACGUCUUCCUCGGAUUCUGUUAUAUUCUCGUCAUCCUCGCUUUGAUCGAAUACGCAUGUGUUGCGUAUUCAAAGAAAAAGAACGAGGACCGUCGUCGAAGAGAGAAGAAAAUGGAGCACAAACCGGCUCCGCCCACUCCUGAUAUCAUUCAUGGUACUGACUUCGACACAGACAAAGGGGACGCUCUACUGCAAAUUCUAAUUUCAGACGUCCGGCUCGCAGAAUGCACGUGCAACGCGGCGCCCACUUCCAUCAUUGCCGUCAUCAAACAGCCGAGUCGAUUCUGUGUCCGUCACAGCCACAUCGACAUCGUCAGUCGUGCCGCUUUUCCGCUUGUGGUACUUAUCCUCCCGUUUCAUCUCAUCUCAUUUUUUUUCAGUUCAUCAUGUUCAAUGUCAUCUUCUGGCUCAUGCUUCUCUACAAAUCGAAGCGCUUGCCGUACAUCAGUGAGCACGAGGGCGAUCGUUGCGAGGCUCCAGAACUCAACUAA